AUCACCCCUCUUGUGGCACUUUUAGGCAGCUCAGAUUCGGGUGUCCAGCAGCAGGCAGCAAGGACAUUGCUGGGCCUUGCUGCCAAAAACCCUGCUAACCAGGUCGCCAUUGCCAAGGCUGGCGGCAUUCACGCCCUGAUAACUCUCCUGGACAGCUCAAACGCUAGUGUCCUGCAGCAGGCUAUCGGUGCGCUCUUAAGCCUUGCUGCGAAUGGUGAUGUCCACGCCACCAUUACCAAGGCUGGUGGCAUCCCUCUCCUCGUCAAGCUCCUGGAAAGCUCACAUGGUGAUGUGCAGCGACAAGCAGCGGGGGUGUUGUUGAGCCUAGCUGCUAAAAAUGCUGAUACUCAGCUCGCUAUCACCAGGGCCGGCGGCAUUCCUCCGCUGGUGCGGCUGCUAGACAGCUUAGACACUGGCGUUCAGAAAUGGGCAGCAGGUGCACUUCAGAAUCUAGCCGUCAAUGCAGCCAACCAGGUUACUGUUACUCAAGCCGGCGCCAUUCCCCCGCUGGUAAGACUCCUGCACAGUCCUGAUACGGGGGUGCAGCAGCAGGCGGCUGGGGUGCUGAGGAACCUAGCUGGCAAUGCUAGCAACCGGGUCGCUAUUGCCCAAGCUGGUGGCAUUCCCUCCUUGGUGCUGCUGCUGGGCGGCUCACAUGCAGGUGUCCAGCAGCAGGUAAUUGGGGUGCUGUGGAACCUUGCUGUGGAUGCAGCCAACCAGGUCGCCAUCAUACAGGCCGGCUGCAUUCCGCUCCUAGUGAAGCUCUGGGGCAGCCCUAACCUUCAUGUACGGCAGUGGGCAGAAGGGUUGCUGUGGAACCUGGCUUCGAGCACUGAUGACCUUCGGAACCAGACUGCCAUCAUACGCGCCGGUGGAAUUUCAAAUGUGGUGAACCUUCUGGACUCUUCAGAAGACCCCGCUGUCCAGGAGGCGGCAGCAGGAUUGCUGUUGUGCCUAGCCGUGAAUGCUGGCAACCAGGUUACCAUCGUCCAGGCAGGCGGUGUCCGCCCCUUGGUGAAGCUACUGAGCAGCGCGGACACAGGCGUCCAAAAGUGUGCAGCAGGAGCGCUACAGAACCUAGCUGCGAACAUUGACAAUCAGUUUGCAAUCAUCCACGCCGGCAGUAUUCCUGAGCUGGUGAGGCUCCUGUACAGCUCAGAUGUCGAAGUGCAGAAGCGGGCAGCAGGAACGCUUAAGAACCUAGCCGUGGAUGCUGAAUACCAGGUUGCUAUCGCCCAUGCUGGUGGCAUUCGCCCGCUAGUGCGCCUCCUUGAGAGCUCAGACAUAGGUGUCCAGCAGCAGGUGACAGGUGCAUUGUGGAAUCUAGCGGUCCAUGCUGUCAACGAAAUUGCCAUUGUCCAGAGUGGCGGCAUCCCGCCCCUGGUACGUCUCCUUUGCAGCCCGGACGUUCAUGUACAGCAGCGAGCAGCCGGGACGCUGUGGAACCUAGCGGCGAAUUCCGACAACGAGGUCGCCAUCACCCAGGCUGGUGGUGUCCAUCGCUUGAUUGAACUCCUCGGCAGCUCGGAUGCCGGUGUCCAGCAGCAAGCUGCCGGAGCGCUGUUGAGCUUAGCA